UCUACCGGAUUUCAGCCGGUAGUUAGUCGGUCUUUGCCAGUGACAGCCAUCCUUUAAACCCCCAGUACCCCCCGGAUUGUCCACCUGGCUCACAUCUGCACAUUUUGUUAUGACAAGGUGUGAUGAAGCGGAAAGUAAACGAUAUUUAGGAGCAGUCUAAAUGACUGAUGUGCAACAGGCAACUGGGCUAUAUAAACUCACUGAAGGCUCAUCGGCUUUGGAGGAACUGUUGCACAAAAUCCCGCUGCGAUGUCCCUGCUGUGUGUCAGAGUGAAAAAAGCCAAACUACAUGGGCCCCCAGACAAAUUCAACGCCUAUGUGACUUUAAAGGUGCAAAAUGUCAAGAGUACCACCAUCACAGUCCGUGGGGACCAGCCAUGUUGGGAACAAGACUUCAUGUUUGAGAUCAAUCAUCUGGAGUCAGGUCUGGUGGUGGAGCUGUGGAAUAAAGGUUUGAUCUGGGACACUAUGAUUGGCACAGCACUGAUACCCCUGGACACCAUUCGACAGUCUGACGAGGAGGGACCAGGAAAGUGGACGUCCCUCGACUCUGAGGUGUUAAUGAGGGAGGAUGAGAUCUGUGGUACCACCAACCCAACUCCACAUCAAGUGCUGCUGGAUACCCGCUUUGAGCUGCCCUUUGAUAUCCCAGAAGACGAAGCUCAGUACUGGACCAGUAAACUGUACCGGAUCAACACCAUGCCAAUACAUGACGAGUAUCCACUGCAGGAAGAGGUCCAGAGAAGACGAAUGGCAUCUGUGCCCUCUCAGUGCUGCAGUUGGAGUUAUUUCGGAUGGAAUGACCAGCAGACUUUCGAUGACCAUGACAGUGCAAUGGAUGACCGUGAUAGUGACUACCGCAGUGAGACUGGCAACAGACCUCCACGUUUCCACAACACCUCCCAGACAAAUUCAUCAGUGCACCAGUACCCUAUAGGACGCAGGGUCCAACAUCAAACCCUGUCCAGGGAAUCGGACUCUAUACAAAGCUAUGAGCUAGACUAUAGAGAAAUGAGGGGUCCUAGGCAAUCAAACAGUAAGGGUGGAGUAAGAAUAAUCCCUGUUGACUCAGGUAUGGGUGUGGAGGAUUGGGAGAAUAAAUAUAAAGUAUCUGACUCAUGUGUCUUGGAUGAUUACUUGGACGCUGAGCAGAAAAUGUGGGAGGACGAAGAUAAAAGCAUCAUUUACCGGAUCAGUGACAACCCUUGUGAGUCCAAAGGCAGCAGGUUCUAUCAGACAGUAGAAUGUGAUGCACUAUCCCCUGAGGAGAGGGGGGAGCCGAAUGGCAAGCCACACAGACAGAGGCAUGGCUUUGGUAGUGGGGAAGUACGUUUAGUUUAUAAGGAAGCUGGCAGCUUUGAGGAUGAAUCGUCCCCUCCUGAAAUUGAUAUAAUUCCCUCUGUCAAACAGCAACGACAGCAGACAGACAGAGAAGGUCUACUUUACAAGACCAGGCUGUGGGCCAAAACUGCCUUAGAGGACACUCUUGAGAGCUAUGCAGCUUUUCGUGAGGAGGAGGCUGCUCGGGAGGAGGCUGCAAGGAUCAGGGGGAGGUGUGAAUAUGGUUCAAUUGGCUCAGAUGAGAUGCAGUAUUCCUUUGGAUCUGAAGAGGAGCUCGAUGACCUGACAUUCAUUGAGGGGGAUGCUAGUUAUGAAUAUGAAAGUUAUUAUUACCCUGGCAAGUAUAUGUCACCUUUUGGAGUACAAGGCUGUACAAGCAAAGGGAGAACAGGUCGAGGACAAGAUACUAUAUUAUCUCCUGUAGAGGAGCCAAGUGAUGAAUAUGUAGAUGCAAUGGAUGAACUUCAGAGCUUAGUUCAUUCAGUAUCUGAAUACCUGGCUGUAAAAGAGGAGGAAAUCAACAACUAUGAAUCAAUGCCUAAACCAAUUAGGAGAAAACUCCCAGCGCUACCAACAGAUGCUAAAGUUGUGCAACCUGGGGACAGUAAUAGCGAUGAAGUCAAACCUGAAGUUAAAGAGGACAGUGCUGUUGAACAGGGCAUAGCUGGAGUAAAGAAUGCCAUGAGCUCAUUAUUCAGUACAAUCACAGGAUCAAAGUCUGGCACUGAGGUUGACGCCUCUGGCAGUCCAUCACCCCAACCACAACAGGCAGACUCUGGUAUUGCAAAACUUCUCUCUUUGAUCCCUAAAUCGGGCACUGAAGCCACAGAAACCUCUGGUACCACUGUAACAGAUCGACCUACCUCCCAAACAUCACCUCAACCUGAGUCUGGUAUUUCAAAGCUGCUUUCAUUUAUUCCCAAGAGUGGUGGUACUUCCCCCCCAGUAGCCAUAGUUCCUCCUGCCUCUCAGGAGCCCACAACAGAAAAAAAGUUUUCCCUUCAGUCUCUUUUGCCAUUUCAAUCCUCUGAAUCGAGUCGGCAAGCUGACACGGAUCAGGCACCAGCACAUGUUAGCACAGGGGAGCAAGGCAGUGCAACAACUACCAACCAAUCCACAUCUGGGUUUGAAUCUAUGUUAGGAAGGCUUAGUCCUUUGAGACUUUUUUCCAGUGCACCGCCAUCUAGAGAGCCAUCACCUCAGCCAUCAGAGCAAAGAAGUGCAUCUUCUGCAACCAAUAAAUCUCAGCAAGAAUAUACAAGCAGAGCCACAAGUCCUAAUACAGAGUGCUCACAGACAGAGCGACAGUUAUCAGGUGAGACGAGAUCAGGUUCAGGAAGUGGAUCAGUUGAUCUUUUGCCAGAUACAGGAAGUGGAUCAGUUGAUCUUUUGCCAGAUACAGGAAGUGGGUCAGUAGAGCUACUUCCAGAGACAGAGUCAUCUGGUGAGCUACCUGAUAUUCAGCAAAGAAAAACAUCUGCAAUAACUGAACCAAAACCUGAAAGCAGUUCAGAGGAAACAGGGUUCUUCAGUCCUUUUAAGAAAUCUCUUUCUACUCUCAUGUCAACAGUUCCUCCUGAAAAUUCUGACACCAAACCUGCAGAGGAGUCAUUUUUAGGCAGCAAACUCAAAAUUCCAUUUUUCUCCUCUGAAAAUACUUCUACAACAACCCCACCAAAAACAGAAGGAGGCGUCUUGUCAGGGAUUCUUAAGUUUGCAUCUGGUGAAGAUGCCAGUGCCCCACAAAAAAGUCCAUCUCCCAGCCCUGCAAGAAGUCCUUCUCCAAGUCGUGCUGCACUUCUUGAAAGUGUGCCAAAAGGAAACGCAGAAACUGGCUGGUUUUCUAACCUAUUUAAGGUUACCCCAAGUGAACCUGCUAAGGAUCCUACCAAACCACAAAUGACUCCUACUGUGACACUCACCAAACCUAGUGGUCAAAUUGAACCACAUACUGAACAAAUGGUCCCUGAAACCACAGACAGCACUGUCUGCAGAACAGAAUUGUCUCAAGAGCAAACAUUGUCUGAAAAACUUCCCCAGGACAAGACACAUGUCCAGUCUGUAUCAGAUGUCACAUCUAAAGAUCAAGGUUCUCCCAAACCUGAUGAACAAGCCAAAUCACAACCACAAGCCCCACAGACUCAAGGAAUUCUUUCUGGAUUGUUGAAACUCGGAUCAACAGAAGAUGUGUCAUCUGAAAAGAAAUCCCAGGGAGCGGAUAGUCAGCCUCAACAAGGUGGGCUGUUUUCAGGCCUAUUUUCCACACCUUCCCAGUCUUCUCCCCAAACACAACAUAAUUCUGCCACACAACAGUCAGGAGGAUUAUUGUCUGGAUUUUUAAAAUUUGCCUCUGAUAAUGUUUCUGCUUCUACAAAUCAGUCACUGUCAACAUUGCCAGGAAGCCAAUCUGGCCAAAUUCUAACUCAAAGCCAACCUGCUGCUGCACAGCCACCUACUGGAGGACUCUUAUCUGGGCUCUUGAAAAAAGCUACAGACACAGUGACUGGGUCUCAGCCAACUCAGUCCAAUCAAGAGUCACAACCAGAUGCAGCUGACCAUACAUCAACAACAGGACCUGCACAAAACUUGAGUCAAGGGACGACUCCACCUACUCCGUCAGUGGGGAUUUUGUCAGGUUUGAUUAAAUUAGGUUCAACAGAAACACCUCCCCCUGACCAACCUGACCAGCCACCUGACCACCAAAUAAGACAACCUGUUGCCUCAGACAACCAACAGCAACAGCCUGACCCAACAACAGACAAACUACAACCAAAAGCAACAGCAACCAUGCCCCAACCUAGUGGAUUACUUGGGGGUUUGUUGAAACUCACAGAAACUGUUUCCCAGCCACCAAAAGGACCUCUAGCUACACAAUCUACACAACCAAACCAGCAAUCAGGUAACAUGUUGUCAGGACUUUUUAACAAGCUUGUGGAACCUAAUCCUAUUCCAUCUCAGCUACCAGCAGAGUCUGGUGCCCAAAAAACUAAUCAGAAACCAGUGCAGCAAGCUCCUCCUCAACAAGGAGGUUUCUUCUCUGGACUUUUUGGAACUGGAGGCCAAGACUCUGCUCCUGCAAACCCAGCCCAGCAUUCAAGAAACAAGCAACAAAGUGGCCCAUCUGGGCAUCAACCUAGUCAGCAACCGGGCAAUAGACAAAACCUACAACAGCAAAACCCAGUCCCUCCACAACAGCCUCCCAGUAGUCCCGGAGGGGUGCUCACUGGAUUAUUAAACAAAAUUGCAGAUGCAGGCACCCCACAAUCUACAGUGGGGACUCAGCCAGAACAGCAACAGGCGAUAAGAGCAGGUCCUAAGUCAAACAGCAACCAGCAACCACCUAAUCAACAGGGAGGCUUCUUCUCUGGGCUAUUUUCAGCAGGUCCUACUCCUGUAACACAGCAGCAGCCACCUGUUAGUCAUCCAAACCAGCAACAGCCCCAACAGGGUAACAGACAGCCUCUGCGUAGGCAAAACCAGAUACCUCCACAACCUACUGCCCCUGCACCUGAGCCACAGCAGGGUGGACUAUUGUCAGGGCUUUUUAAUAAGUUAGCAUCUACAGAUAAUGCACCACAACAACCCGCACCGCAGACUGGAUCUCAACAAGGCAAUGAAUCAAACAUUGUUGGACCAGGUCAACAGUCAUCUCAACCCAGUCAGCAAGGAGGAUUCUUGUCAGGUCUGUUUGGUCAGACAUCACCUCAACACCAGCAACAGCCUGGCAAAAAGGCAAGUCCUCAACAUACAGCAACCCAACAGCCUAUUGAAAGUGGAGGCUUGCUUUCAGGUAUUCUGAAGCUUGCAUCUGGUGAAAAUGUGCCACAGGAACAACAGUCACCUCAACCUGCUCAGGCAGGUCAGCCUUCUGUUAAACCAGGGCAAAAUCCAGCCCAGUCUGAAUCAGGGGGAUUAUUCUCUGGCCUGAUGAAUAAAAUUUCAGGUACUGUGGAACAGUCAUCAUCACCUUCUGAUCAGGUGAACCUUCAAACAACACAGCAACAACAUCAGACACGUGCAGGACAGGGGCGACCACAGAUUCAAAGAACCAAACCAGUAGACAUGCAUUCCUCCCAAGACGUUGGAACAGAUAAGGAUUUAAAAGGUCCAGCUCAAAAAGGUUUCCUCUCAGGUCUUUUUAGUGCCACAGAUGAGCCAUCACCAAAGACAGAGCAGCCAUCAACCCCUCAGCUUGGGAAGGAAGAACCACAAACCAGCACAAAUAGCACAUCUCCCGGUUUGUUAUCCAGCAUUUUCAAAACAGGCCCCAGUGAAAAUAACACUUCUGCUCCUAUGAAGGAAACCGAAAAAGGCCUUCUUGAUCGUUUACUACCGAAGAGUAAGGAGGAUAUCCCUUCUACAGUCACAACUGCUGUUGUUACAGGGACUCCAGUUGUUGAUACCCACAGAGAACCUCUGCAAUCUCAUGUUUUGCAAGAUCCCACAAUUUCCUCAACCCAGCAAUAUCUUGAGGAAAUUCAGCGUCUUUUGUAUGGGACAGCACAUGAGUAUGGUUACAAGGAUCUUCUAUACAACUUUACAGAGUAUGGUGUUAUUCCACCAGAGCUCUAUGAGCAUCAGUGUCUUAUAGAAGCUCUUUUGUGGCAGCAACUAAACGAUUAUGCCCUUGCUGAAGCCCUUGCCACUCAAAUUCAGGAACACUCCAAGGUAUGCCAAGGGCAUACACCCUCAACGGUUAGAGUACCUCAACCGGAAAAUCACGUAUGGUUAAAUCCUAUAGAAAUGGACAUUAGUAAUUUCAAUGUACCCUCACAUCCUUGGAAGGAUGCUGCUGCCCAGCUUUUUGAGAGCAGAAAUCGCUUCCUUGAGCCAGAUGAAGACCUUGUUUUGUUUGACAUGAGUUGCAGAGACAAGAAAACCUGGAGUAGCUGUGACCAUUUGAAUGAUCUUGAUAGCAAAAAAAACCCUUGGAUUAUCGGAGGUAGUGCUCUAAAUCUGUCCAUGGACAAAACAAAAACACGGUUAAGUAGAUGUCAGUCCCUUACAGAAUGCAGUGUACAGGAGUUCAGCAAAGUAGUGGAAAAAAGUAGUGUAUGUAGUGAUGUAAAAGAUGAAGACUUUGGUUUGAAAUCAGCAACUGAGUUUUUAAAACGACUUGCAACAAAAAAGGGUCCAAUGGAUUUAACACGUGGUGCUAUGGAUUUAAGCUGGUCUGCAGGAGCUACAGAGAGUGCGGAUGAAAUGCUCUUUGAGGAUUCUGAGUGGUAUCAACAAUGGCUUUUACUGUUGGAGCAAGGAUUGUGGUGGCCAGCUGAGGUUGGGGACUGUGGAUAUUAUGUUUAUACAGAUGAGGAAUACAUUUAUUCGCUUUUAACCGACAGAGGUGGUAAACAUCUCUAUGCCUGUGCUGCACCAGAGGAUGUACAGGCUCUAGGAAAUAUCACUGAAAAUAUUGCUAAUAUUCUGAAACAUAAAGAAAAGGACAAAGUGACCCUAUGUGGUUUUAAAAUCCCCCUCUGCACCGAAGAUAAAGGUUUCUGGAUUCCAGGUCAGCAACACAAUAAAGUAAUGCUUUCAGAUGCACCCAUGGACCUAACUUCUGCGCUUAGAAAAGGUGAAAAGAUAAUGAAUAUGAAUUUGGAAAGCUUCUCUCAGAUGUUUCAGGAAUCAAUAUCUUCUCAAGCAGAUCAGCCUGUAGACUUUACUGCGUACAAACUUAAAAAGAUCAAGGUGGAAUCAGUGAAAAAUAGCUAUAGCUAUGAAGAGGAGCCAAUGGAGGCAGCUGAUCUUACUUUAAAGUCACUUAAAGGAGGACACGGAGGGCCAUACUGGAAGAAUCAGGGGAUAAAAGAUGUGCUUACACUCUCACCUGCACCUUCUCAAAGGUUCUAUUCACCACAAAUCUCUCCAAACAGACAUUCUCCAAUUCCUGAAAUCAGAAUUGCACAUGUAGGUGAUACACCUAUAGAUCAACCAAAACAAAAAUCAAGUUCCAUAAUUUCAGAUAUCAGAGGAAUCACCAGAAAGUCUUCUAACACUGAUGCAAGUAAAUCUGAUAUACAGCCAUCAUCAACACCUGCUACAUCACCAGCAGUGUCCAGCAAAGUUUCAGAGACUUCAAAAAUUUCAGGAAACCUUCCUGAGACCCCAUCAUCUUCAAAAAUCCCAGGGUUUGUACAGUUGGGAAGGAAACUGCCUACACCAACAUCUGUUACUAAAGCCUCUUCAGCUCAGGCAACUUCUGUUAGCAGUUUACCCACUACGUCUUCUACAGCUGUGGCUGUGCCUUCUGUUUCCCCACAGAGACCCCAGCUUGCAAGGCAGCCAUCUCAGGCAGACAAACACAAAGUAUUAUCACAAGCAAAUAAAACUGCUGUCACUGGGAUGUGUGACAUGAGCAAAGUCAGCUGUACUUCAGGAGUGGACCAAAAGCAGCCACAGGAUUCAUCUAAAAAAUGUUCACCUCAGUUACAUAUAUUGAAUGACACGUCACUUACAUAUAAUGAAGCCCACCUUUACAAAAGAAAUCAUAACUUUGGCACUCCUAUUGACCCUCAAAUAGGCAACAAAGUCCUAGAUUUUUCUGCCACAAAUAAUAAAAACAACAAUAUUAAACAAAAAGAUGCAACAGAUGCCAAAGUUGAAUCUACACAAAAAUAUAUAGUUGUUGACUUUACAAAGUACAAGCUGAAACGAUUUAAAGAGAAAAAGCAGAUAGAUACUCAGGCAAAUGUUGAAUUUAUUGACAAGACCACAGUUGCUGUAGAUCUUACUAAAGAGAAUGAUGAAGAAGAAGUUGAAUGGCCUAAUUCAGAAUAUCCCACUGUGGACACAUUACGGGAAAGUCCCACAGUUUCAAUUGUGAGAACAGCUUCUCAGACCAACUAUAUGCCAGUUCAACACACCAAAUCAGAGAGAAAAUCAUCCAGUCCAGAGAUUAGAAUUGACCAUACUUCUCCUACAAUGCAUAUCCAAAGACCACUAGCCUCCCACAGUACCGCUAGAUUUAAGACAAACCAAACUGAUGUUACAGCCUCUGGCAAAGGUGCAAUAGACAUUUCAUCCAAACCAUCUGUUACAUCUUCAUCACCAAAUAGUUCUGACACUACUGUGAUGUUAUCAGCAUCACAAAGCUCUUCACUUCCUGAUAUUUCCAGUAAAGCAUCUAGUCUUGAUGGAGUUCUGAAACAAUCUUUAAAAACAGGAUCACUGCAGACUGUAUGUACCUCACCAUUGGUAAGCCCUAUUAUGAGAAAACAAGUGCACCCUCAGGGACAGCAACAGAAUUCUUCAUUCAAUGUGCAGCCAAUGCAGCAAAGGCCACCAAUAGUUACAACUGGUUUUAGGCAGCAGAUUUCUUGCUAUGAGUCUAGUGGAAAGGAUCAGCAAUACCAGGAGACCACUGCACCAGCAAACUCAAUUAAAGCUACAUUGGAUAUGUCUGCCAAGACAACAACCGAGCAGAAUCUGAAAACUGUUGUGCCAUCAAAGGAUCCUAUCUGUGAGGCACUGUCAUUGACAAAGAAAAAAACCUUAACUUCUGAAGAGGCAGACACAAGUUUUAGUCAUCGUGGAUCCAUUGACUUAUCAUAUAGAGGAGAAUCACCAGAGCCUCAGGAACAAUCAACAGAAUAUAUUCAUUCCCUACCUGUUGAGGAAUUUCAUUCUCAUAGAAUUACAGGUAAUCUGGUAAAAUGCUCUUUUAGAAAAGAGGAGGUUCCAUCUGGUUGUAGGAGGCCAUUGUUCUCAAGACAGCAGUCUCUUUUAAGUCAGACUUCUGAAUCCCUUGAAAUUUGUAAAUCACCUCAGCAAGUUACAGCACCAGCCAAUACAGUUAAGGCCACCCUAGACAUGACUUCUAAAUCUUCUGUCAAAUUUAAGGAGGUGGUUCCAGAAGUAAGAACACAUUACACUGUUUCUGAAGCUAUACCACUUAUGAGAGGAAAGCCAAGUGUCCGUGAACUUGCACGAAAAAAUUCUGUUGGAGUACCACUAGUUGUAGAUAUCCCCUUUGAGGAACCUCUUGAUGACAUUGAGAUCAGCUCCCCUGCAAAUACACAGGAGAAUCAAUGCUCAGAUUCUAUUCUUUAUCAACAAUCGCAGCACAGUAAAAUUGAUGUCGUUUCACAGUCAAAUCACUCAACCUUAAAGUCAUCAGCAACUGUUCAAACAGUUACAGCACCAGCCAAUACAGUUAAGGCCACACUAGACAUGACUUCUAAAUCUUUUGUCAAAUUGAAGGAGGUGGUUCCAGAAGUAAGAACAAAUUACUCUCUUUCUGAAGCUAUACCACUUAUGAGAGGCAAGCCAAGUGUCCGUGAACUUGCACGAAAAAAUUCUGUUGGAGUACCACUAGUUGUAGAUAUCCCCUUUGAAGAACCUAUUGAUGACAUUGAGAUCAGCUCCCCUGCAAAUACACAGCAGAAUCAAUGCUCAGAUUCUAUUCUUUAUCAACAAUCGCAGCACAGCAAAAUUGAUGUUGUUUCCCAGUCAAAUCACUCAACCUUACAGUCAUCAGCAACUGUUCAAACAUAUCAGAUAUCCACUUCAACGAAACCUGUCACAGUUGCAGCACUGGAUAUGUCACCCAAGCCAUCCCAAACGACACAGGGAACAGCAAUGCCAGAACUUCAGUCUACUGAAUGUGAACCAGUUUCGCUGGUUAAUAAGCCAAAUGCAAGAGCAGUUGCCAGAAAAGAUUCUGUUGGUAUUCCCCUGGUUGUUGAACCAAAACCACUGGAAUCAACAUGCCAGAAGCAACAUCAAACCUUGAUCCCUGUGCACAAACAGCAAUCCCUGGAUAGAAACAUUGUCCCUGUUCUGCAUCAACCACUUACCAGCUGUAUAACAGUGCAGUGCUCCAGUAUAAGUGAGACCAGUGGUGUGUCACAAUCCAUUAUCCAACCUUAUUCACUCUCCACAUCUCCAGCAAACUCUGUUAAAGACACAUUAGAUAUGUCAACAAAGGCAUCUAAAUCAGACAGCGUGCUAAACUAUUCAGAUCCACUAUCACUGGUAAGGACAAGGCCAUCAAUCUUUGCAUAUUCUCAAAGAGAUUCUGUUGGUGUUCCACUAAUUGUGGAAACACACCCCUCCCAGGAGCAACCUAAAAGUCAACAGACACUGGUAAGAAUGCAAGAACAGAUGCAACAAGGAUUUGUGCACAGUGGAUCUCGAGAAAUAGAUAAUAGAACAUCAGCACCUGCCAAUUGCAUCAAAAGCUUCCUAGACAUGUCUCCAAAACCACAGCAAAAACAAUCUGAAACAGCUGAUGAUAUCUUGCCAACUGGAGCUGUGCCACUGGUCAGAAACACUGCAACUGUUAUAGGGAAUGGUUCUGUUGGUGUACCACUCAUAGUGGAGCAAUCUGCGCAUCAACAAGGAAGUCAAGCCUUGAGUGGUGUCAAAACAACUGAGACACUGCAUAGGCAUAUAUCUACCUACCACAAAAAUGAGGUAUUUUCUGGUUCAAGGACCACCUACAUGGACACACACCAACAAAAUAUGCCUGUAGACUUCUCCGCCAAAGACUGCCUAAAUACAACUAAUAUUUCAAGUAAUCAAAUUGAACCAGAGGAUGGAAAACCUGUGAAUUUCACUAAUAGCAUAGCAAAGAAAGAAAUGUUGGCAAAAAGGCAAACUGGAAGGAAAUUAGAAAAUAAAGCAUUACUGGGUAUUGUUGACCUAACUGUGGAUCCUCAAAACAAAAUGACAAUUAUUGGUCAUCAAGAUGCAACUGAUCUCUCCUCUGCCUAUAUGUCUUUUCUGUCUCAGAAUAGUCUUUACCAUCAGCAGCCAUACAUACCUUCACCCACUGCAAAGGAGGACAGACAAGAUACAGUAUUUUCUCAAACUCAGAAGUCACUACAACAAACGCAAUAUUCCCCUAAACAGGCCACCACCCAACCUGAAAUAUAUUGCAGAAUGCAGUCAGGAACAGGAUGGAACUCUGCCCCAAUGAGUAUGCCUUCUUCAGUCCCUAUUCAAAGGAAGAUACAGCCACCUCAGAAUUUAGCUCCCACUUUGCAGGACAGUGCAUCUGCUACAUUCUCACUAAACAGUACAUAUCAACAGAUCAGUAGUAUGCAUGGUGAAGCCAAGAAGACUGAUCAAUUGCCUCCAAAUAUACAUCACCUGCGAACACAACAUUCAGUCCCACAACAGCAAUACCAGCAACCUGGUGUGGAAAUUGCUUGGACAUCAUCCAUUGCUAGAUCUCAGACAAAGGCUCCAAAGUUGCAAAGACAGGAUACUACUGUUCAGCAAGAAAUUACCUUUAGACCAAGAAUUCUUAUCAAGCAGCCAACUGUGGAUAGCUAUGGGAGCACUGAGGAAGGUACAUUAGAUAGUGGAACUAUGACAAGUAACGAACAGACAUUGCCUCCUUUUUCUCAUCAGCAACUGUAUGGUAGAUCCCAAACUGUUCCUACCCCACAAUCAUUGCCUGCUUUGAGUAUUCAACAAGUAAAAGAUAGAUACAGAACUGAUCCUUCUAUACAGUCUUUGGAUACACAGCCUGUGCAGAGCAGUGCAAGUGUAGAUUAUUAUACAAAAGAAUCUCUGCAAGUCUCAAAACAACCUGAUCCAAGUUCAUGCCCUAUCACUGUUCAUCAAUAUCACACACCAAGUGUACCCUCAAGUACUGUAGCUUCACUUCAGUGUGUACCAGAGGUACUUAUAUCACAACCCACCAGAAAACAUGACCCAAUGCCAAUGAACCAGGGCUUUGGAGCUGCAAUGCAAGGACCAGAGGUAUCUUCUACACCAGCAGGAUCCACAUCUGUUAAGGGUUUGAUUUCAUUAUUUAGUGUACAAAGUACACAGCCAGUUGCUGUUCAGCCCCACCACAGUCAGAUUGGGUCAAUACCUGUGGACGACAGGACGCAUGUUAUUCCAGCACAGACUCCUGCUUUCAGCCAUGUUGCAGGUACUCCUAAUAAGAAAACAACAUCGGCAUCAAGCGCAUCCCUUGUACAUUGCGACGUUGAAGAGACAAAUGUCUCAGCAACCCCUGUUGUUAAAAUACCAGAGACAAUUGAUUUAAGCCCACAAAUGUCUGUUGUAUCAAGUUCUCGGCCUUGCAAACCAGCACUUGUUAGUGCCCAAGAUGACUCUGCUUUUAAAUUACCAAAUGAAGAUUGUGAUGUGUCAAACUGGAAUAUCCUUAAAACUCCAACAACACAGAUACAAUCCUUCACUGAAUCUAGCCCACUGACAAUUGGAGGUAAAGAAGCUGCUUCCUCACCAUCUGAAUUAUCCAAAGAUGAAGUUAAGGCUCAGGCACCGUCACUAAUUACUGAUUCACAAUACAAAGGAAAAGGUUCAGUUUUAUGUGGUGCCGGCCCUCAAACAUCCCCAAUGAUAUCACCUGUCGUCUCUCCCUCCAAUGAGUCACAAAUGUAUGGCCUAAGGGCUUCAAAUAUUUCUCAAGACUAUCAGCAACCACAGGCAACACUAAAUGCAAGCCCAACAAGAGCGAACGAAACACCAGGGAAAGAAUUGCCCCCUCCUGAAUCUUCAGCAGACAUAUCAAAGGAGGAAAUCAGCCAACCAAGGUCAAUCUACAUUGGCAUUAAUUGCUCACCAGCUCCUGUUGAUACGGAAAUUGAAACAGGUGAGCCAAAACCUUAUGUUAGACUACCCCAUAUUUUUGUCUCAGCAGCAAGUUCACCAGAAGAAGAGACCAUUGAACACAAGUUCAAUGAAAAUAGCAAGCCUGAACUGCCAGAUGUCAGUGCUUCUGAAGAUAUCACUCCCAUUGCAGUAACACCACCAGAGUGUAAGGAUGAUUUCCCUUCUGAUAUUGUUGUACAGUCUGACAUAUCAGUGUAUGGUAGGCCUACAGAAAUCAGUAGCAAAGAGGCACUCAUUGAAUCAGAGCAUGCCCAGACCAACUCACCAGAGAUGCCACUUACACUGACUGCAGCAGAUUGUACACCUGACUUACAGCCUGACCUAACCAAGAUAAGCUCAACCAUAGAAGCUCCCCUCUCAAAAGCUGAAGGAGAGAUCACAGAGGUUCAUGAGCCACCACUUGAGCUGUCUUACAAGGACAGAAAAUCAACAGCUUCAGACAUGAUAUCACUUGCAGUAGUUAAGCCUCUCAGUGACCUGCCCUGCCAGGCUGAAAACAUAGAAAUCACUAGCACAGAGACACUCUUUGAAUCAGAGCAGGUCAAGACCUACUCACCAGAGAUGCCACUUACAAUGACUGCAGCCGAUCAUACAUCUGACUCACAGCACACCCUGACCAAGAUAAGCUCAACCAUAGAAGCUUCCCUCUCAGAAGUUGAAAGAGAGAUCACUGAGGCUCAGGAGCCAUCAUUUGAGCUGUCUUACAAGAACAAAAAAUCAACAGCUUCAGACAUGACAUCACUUGAAGUAGGUAAGCCUCUCAGUGACCUGGCUUGCCAGGCUGAAAACACAACUUUAGUGCCAGCACUACCAGAAGGUGCUGAAACUCUUGAAGAGUUAUCCCACAAAGAUGUAAGCUCAACUUUAGAUGUUGUAUUGCCUGAAGAAGUUGAGUCUCCUGAUAAAUUGUCUCCAAAACAAGUACCCACAACCUUAGAUGUAACAUCACCCGAGGGAGUCCAACAGGUUCAUGGAAAAAUGGAAAGGGAGGUCACCUUAUCUUCCCCUGUACCUAGUCCUCUAGAACAUCCCACGGAGGAAAUCACAACCUCCAAAGAGCAAAGCUUAGCUGUCAAGGAUGAUCAGCCUAAGGCUGAACAGCCUGAUGAGCAACAAAAAGGGUUAUUUUCUAUGUUCAGUGGCUCCACUACAACCCCACAGCAGACGUCCCCCCAAACUGGAUUAUCAAUGCUUGGUGGCAUUAUUCCUGGUCCAUCUCCCAAAGACACUCCUGGCACAGGAUUACUCUCAAUGUUUGGGGGGUCAAAUGCCCUGUCUUCACCUGGAACCAAAGAACCACCACUCUCAACCCCACAAGAGACCCAGGGAAGGGGCUUAUUCUCUAUGUUUGGUGGAUCCAGUAGUCAGCCACCAUCUGGCCCAAGAGGUCCAGUUGGUGGAAGUGUGCGACCUAGAGGACCUCCACCCAAAGAAUCUCCAGGCAAAGGCCUGUUUUCCAUGUUCAGUGCAUCUGCGCCUCAGCAACCACCUAGUCCCAGAGGUCAUCCUGGAGGUAGUGCCACACCAAGAGGUCCUUCCACUGCAUCUUCUAUAUUUGGUGGAAUCCUCCCAGGUUCUACAACACAAAAAGAAACCCCUGGUGCAGGUUUGUUUUCCAAAUUUGGAGGUCUUAGUGCCCAACCCCAAACUGGACCAAGAAUGCCAACAGUUACAACACCACCCAGAGGCAUAGAGCCCUCUGGAAAAGGACUGCUCUCUAUGUUUGGUGGACAAAACCAGCAAGCACCAGAAGCACACCCUGCAGCUUCUAAAUCACCUGAAUCAGAGGGUGUUUUCAAAGUUUCCUCUGUGUUUUCACUUGGCGGAAGUUCUGAUGGUAACAAAUCUAAAACUGGAUUUGGCCUAUUUGGGAUUUCUGUCAUGGAGGAAACCAAGACAGAGCCAGACAUAAUUGUUGCUGUGAAGGAAGAGAUUUCCUCUGAACAAGUGAAACCCCCAGACGCAAAAGAUUUUUUAGAAGAAGCAAACGAUCACCUUGUUGAUGCCACAGAAAUAAUACCCUCUGGGCCUCUUGCUACAUCAUCAGUCAAGUUGGAACUCCAAGUAGAGCAGGCAUGCCAAGAUGGUCAAGAUUCAAGCUUGGAUAUCAAUAAAACUACUACUGAAAAGUCUCUUCCCCUAACACAUCGACAUCAGGAGGUGGACAAUAUAGUCACAAUGCAACAUCUUUCUGAUAAUGAAAAUGCCUCAGUUGUGGAUGAAACUUCUACGACAGAUGUGCUAGAGAAAGAGACACUACCAGACCAACAAACUGCGAAAAGUGAGGAACAGUCAGACAUCCAAAAAGAAUAUAAAGAAGUGAAACAUGCUGAGCAAAAAGUUGCUGAAUCAGACACAGACACUUUUGAAAUUAAGAGCACAGACAAAGAAGUGGACAUAGCUGCCAUGAAUAGCCCAUUCGAAAAAAAUUACGAUAUGCAGAUGUCAGAAAGUGUUAUGGAUUAUAUUGACAAAAACAAAAGAUCUGAUACGAUUGAAGGGGAACAUGUGGAAGUUGUUGAAGGAGAGAUAACUAUUCCAGAGGUAGAAAAACAAACAGAAGAGCCUCUGAAUGUUGCUGGUGAAGAUCAAAUUGUAGUUGAACUUGUGAAAAAAUCCACUGAGGACCCUUGCAAAGUUACUAGUGAAGAACAAAAAGCAGACACAGAUGUGGAAGAAUUAACUAAGGAACUUUUGAAAGUUGCUGAUGAAGAACACACAGCUGUUGCAGAUGUGGAAAAGUCUGAAGAGGCAACUGUUGCAGAUUCAGCUAUCACAGUUGCAGAGAAAUCUUUUGAAGAAUCUGAGGUGGGUGCAAUUACAGCAGAAGCUGCAGUUUCAGAAUCAGAAAAAUCUAUUGAAGAAAAACUGAAAGCCACAUCUGAUGAGACUGCAGAGGAACUAGUUGAUUCAAAAUUAGACUCUGGUGAGAUUGGUGAGGCCAGUAAAGAACCUGUACAAGGAUUAGAGAAACCUUUUGAGAGUAAUAAUUCUGUUACAAUGGAGUUGUCAUCAGAUGAACAAAAAAACGUUGGUACCAACUCACCAGAAAACAUGACAUCUCAAGCUGUGGGGCCUAUGAAAGUUCCAUCUUUAGGACCUGCUAGUCCUUCACCACAGCAACCACCUCCACCAGGACUGGCCCGGCCACCUGGUCCACCAGGACAAAGAAUGGGACCACCAAGGAUGGGAGGGCCACAUAUGGGGGGCCCAAGAAUGGCAGGCCCAAGAAUGGCAGGCCCAAGAAUGGCAGGACCAAGGCAGCCAGGACCACAGAAGCCCCCUGAACCAGCUCCAUUUUCUGGCUUUAUGUCUAUGUUUUCUACCCCAAAUGCCCCAAGUAAAUCACCUACUGUUGGUGGAUUUUUUUCAAGUUCACCUGGGUCAUUUUUUGGAUCAUCACCUGCUCCUCGUCAGCCACAGCAACAGCAACAACAACAACAACAACAACAACAACAACAACAACAACAACGAAAAGCUCCUUUUUUGGACUUCCAAGCAGCAUUGCUACAGAAUCCCUUACCAGUGACCUAUUUGGUAUGUUCAAAGGGCCUGAAACAACUAAAUCUGAGGAGCAUCAACAGUCUGGCACAGAGUCUGGAAAAGGUGAUCCUUCUGCAAAGGUAACUGUCUCUGAAAGUACUGACAAAACAGGUACAGAAAAUACACCUUUAUCUGAUGAUGGACAUGUUAAAAGCCCAGAGGAC